UAGAUUACUGACCUCUUGAAAAACGAUAUAAUUCGCACCGAACGGUUGAUUCGACUCAGUCAUAACGAAACUGUGAUAGCGAACGGAACACUAAAGAGUUGCGAUGUGGGCACAUAAAUUGUGCCUUGUAUUGAUAUUUGGUGUCGUUGCCAGCGUAUACGCAGGUGAUGUGCCAGUUUGGAAGAACACUUAUGCCGUAAAAGGUGUAAUUUUUAUUCCAUACGCUGAAUUGGUCGAACCAUUCUCUGCUUGGUAUGACGGAGCUAACAAGCAAUCCCGUAUCGAUUAUUAUGGUGAUAUGGUCAAGACGUAUCAAAUCAGCAACUUCGAGAAAUAUGGAACCAGUUUAAAAAUAGCCCCAAUUACCACAGAGGAAGUGACCAAUUCAAAAACUUGCCUCCAAGUCAAUGGUACUGCCGAAGAAUCGAUCGAACCCCAAUCAAUUCUUCCAUCCACCGAAGGAUUUGUGAAAGUCGGCGAAGAAAUGAUUUUGGGUAAAGAAACAGAAAUUUGGAGACUGAACGAAACUAUUGGGCAAAAAUUCAACAAAUACACUUUGUGGGUUUACUACAAAACUGAUCCAGAUACUUCUGAGAAAAUUGCCGUGCCAGUGAGAUACGAAAUGAGAGGAUACAACACUCUUCUUGGAAGCCACUAUGACCACUAUUAUCUACAGUACAACUCAUACAGUACCGACGAUAUCCCUAAAGAAAUUUUUGAAAUUGAUUCAAAUUUGACAUGCACAAACUUCCCUGGCCCCGGAAACAAACACUUCUACACCUUCAACCCAAUGGCUGAAUUUAUCCACCCUACUAAGACCAACCACGUCGAAGCUGAAUUUAAGAAAUUCGUUAAGAAGCACAACAAAAGUUAUGCCGACGACAAAGAACAUGUUCUUAGGAUGGAAGCCUUCAGACAAAACCUGCGUUAUAUCAACUCUCAUAACAGAAAAAAUGUCGGUUACACCUUGGCUGUGAACCAUUUGGCGGACAAAUCACCCAACGAGCUGCGUGCGUUGAGAGGAAGAAUUUCUUCUGGUGGUUACAACGGUGGUCAGCCUUUCCCUUACACCAAUGCUAAACUCGCAGCUGAAGAAGUACCAGAACAAUGGGAUUGGAGGUUGUUGGGUGCUGUGACCCCGGUGAAGGAUCAGUCAAUUUGUGGCUCUUGUUGGUCUUUCGGUACAAUCGGUGCCAUUGAAGGAGCGUAUUUCUUGAAAAAUGGAGGAAACCUCGUGAGAUUGUCUCAACAAGCUCUUGUUGAUUGUUCUUGGGGAUAUGGAAACAAUGGAUGUGAUGGUGGAGAAGACUUUAGAGCGUACCAGUGGAUCCAGAAACACGGUGGAGUACCCACUGAAGAAGCUUAUGGACCAUACCUUGGACAGGAUGGAUAUUGUCAUGCUGACGAUGUCAAGAAAGUCGCACCAAUUACUGGAUGGGUCAAUGUUACCUCAAAUGACGAAGAUGCUUUGAGAUUGGCAAUCUUCAAGCACGGACCAAUCAGCGUCGCUAUCGAUGCCAGUCAACGCACUUUCAGUUUUUAUUCCAAUGGAGUUUAUUAUGAACCUAAGUGUGGAAACAAAGAAGAGAACUUGGACCAUGCAGUAUUGGCUGUCGGUUAUGGAAGUAUUAAUGGUGAGAACUACUGGUUGGUUAAGAACAGUUGGUCCAAUCUUUGGGGCAAUGAUGGCUAUAUUCUAAUGUCCACCAAAAACAACAACUGUGGCGUUAUGACCACACCUACCUAUGUCACUAUGUAGAUUUUGUAUAGAUUCCUCAGAGAAUUCUUUGAGGCAAACAUGUUUAAAUUGCCCCUUAUUUAUGUAAUGUAUGAUAAAGCGACUGAAUUUUGACAUAGAUUUUUAUAUGUGCGUUGUAGCAAUAAUACCAUAGGCAUAAUAGGUAAAUAUAAAGUUGAAAUGAAAA